AGAUUUACUUCCGGUGUCAAGUCGGGCGACGAAACAUUUAGUGACACUGUCCAGAAAGUGUGUUUGUUGGUAUAGCAUUAUCUUUGUUAAAAGAUCAGAUUUGUAAUGGCUAUGACUGUUGAUAAGCUUUUGGGUGAUGCCCAGAUUCUUGUGGCUCGACUCCGCACCCAUGACACAACAGCGGACUUGCUGAUCGCUCAUACACAGACACUCCACAAACGAUUGGAUGCCAUGAAAGAGUACCAAGACGACAUUACAGAACUAAAUGAGAUUGCACGUCACCGGCCGCGCUCCACGUUAGUUCUUGGAAUUGCUCAGGAAAACCGACAGAUUAGAGAACUUCAACAGGAGAACAGGGAACUGAGAUGUUCUCUAGAGGAACACCAGAAUGCACUGGAGCUCAUCAUGCAGAAAUACAGAGAACAGAUGACUAAACUCAUACAGGCCAACAACUUUGAAACUGUUAUAGCAGAGAAGAAAGACCAGUCUAAGGACCUGGAGCGACUCAUUGACAAGAUAUGUGAGAUGGCAGCCGUGAUGCAGCGGGCCGUCAUGGUGGAUGAGGACGCAUCAGCUAAGGAUCAGGAAAUCUUCACUCAACUACAGAAGGAGAACAACGGGCUACGUGAACUGCUGGAGGUCUGCACCACCGCUAAACAAAAAAUACUCCAGUCUAUUACAGUGGAACAGGACGAUAAAUAUUGUCAGACAGAAGAAAUGUCGGGAGAAAAAACACCAACAGCGGAACUUGAGCAGGAGCCAGUGUAAUUCAUCCUCAUCGUUUGAAUUGGUUAGACAAUUAAUUUAAAAGACAUAGGAAGGUGUGUGAGAGCAUGUACGCAAAGUAGGACUUAAUCCAAGUGAUUCCAAAUGCAACCUACAAAUAAUCUUGCCUCGUCCACUUGUAGCCUAGAGUGUAUGCCGCCUCGUCCACUUGUAGCCUAGAGUGUCACUAAAGAGGAAGUGAAAUAAUACGUGUUUAUGCUUUGUAGCAAUGUUUAUAAUUUGGUGAUGUAAAUCAUUGAUACAAUACAUUUUUCUUAUUAUCACAAUUGUCAAUUGUACUCUUCACUGAAUAUCUCAAUUUCUUGAAACACUGUUUUCCCCACUAUGUAUUCUGUAUAAUGAGAUUCUGUUAAUGUCACUUGCCUUGAGGAGACUUCCACUUAAAAUUAGUUCAUUUGGACCUUCACCCCUGAAAAUCAAACAUGAUUUUACUUGUGUUUAGCUACAAAACGAAACGUUCAUACCAAGUUCAUACCAAGUUCAUACCCGGUGUGUAUUUUGCUACUUUUAUUGAUGUUGAAAAUUGGACAUACCAUUUACCAGCAGAGAUUCAUUACUAAUUACUGUUUUCAUAAGGGUAACACUAGUCACUGUACUCUUGGUCAGUGUUUAAGUAUUCGAAUUAUAUGUAGCUUCAUGUAUCCCAUACAUCUAGAGAUCUUUCAUUGUGUAACAGUCUAAGACUAAAAACAAUUUAUUUGUUAAGUAGUCAUAUAAAAUAGCCUCUAUUGAUAGAACAGAACAUUUUUUUUGUGAACUAAUUAUUUAAAAUUCACAUUAUCCGACAGGAAUUAGUGACAUUUAAUUAGCGCCACAUAACCACACUGACAUCAUGUGUGACAGUUGUUGCUUCUUUUUUUGUUUUUAACUUUAACAUUUACAAAUGAAGAAGUUGUGAAACAAGUUAUUGAUAUAUUUCAUGUAGUUCAGCACUGUGUUCAAUAAUUAUACUUAACUAUCACAUGUCAAAUACCCUACUAUAACCCAAAACACUGACAAUUUGACCCAUGUGAACAGAAAAGAGUUCUGCCUUUAUUUGAAUGGUAAAAAACGUUAUGAAGAAAUAAAUGUAAAAUACCACCCCAAUUACAGUAUGUUUGUGAAAGAGGAGGUAAAUUUGAUCUUUGUUAUCUCCCCUGUUUGGACUUCAUUUCUAGAGACACCUGUGAUUUUAUCUUGAUUAGUUGGCAUGUUAUGAUUGAUAUGUUCACAUGUGUUAAGACAAGUUUUUCAUCUUUGAAUAUUAACAUCUUUAAUCAUUAUUGUGAAUAAAGAAUCUGUCGUUAUUUAUUGACAUUA